CCCUCGGUGCAGCACCCAGCCACACAUCCAGGCAAGAAGAGCAGCAGCCAGCAGCAGAGCUCUCCGCUCCAACCAUGACGAAGCGGCGCUGCUGCUUACGCUUCGCCACAAUCCUCGCCGCGCUUCUCUCUGCCACCGCCUGCCUCGACGUCGGCUUCUAUGACAGGACGUGCCCCUCCGCCGAGACCGUCGUGCAGCAGACCGUGGCGGCCGCGUUCACGAACAACUCCGGCGUUGCUCCUGCCUUGAUCCGCCUGCACUUCCAUGACUGCUUCGUAAGAGGCUGCGACGGCUCGGUUCUGAUCGACACGACAGCGAACAACACGGCGGAGAAGGACGCGGCACCCAACAACCCGAGCCUCCGGUUCUUCGACGUGGUUGACCGCGCCAAGGCGGCCCUCGAGGCGCAGUGCCCCGGCGUGGUCUCGUGUGCCGACGUCCUCGCCUUCGCGGCCCGGGACAGCGUCGCGCUCGCCGGCGGCCUCCGCUACGAGGUGCCCGCGGGGCGCCGCGACGGCCGGAUUUCCCGCGACACGGACGCGCUCAAUAACCUGCCAGCGCCGACGUCUAAUUCGUCCGAGCUGGUCGACGCCUUCGCCGUCAAGAACCUCACCCUAGAGGACAUGGUCGUCCUCUCCGGCGCCCACAGCAUCGGCGUCUCUCACUGCAGCAGCUUCGUCGAGCGGCUCUACAACUUCACCAAUACAACCGACGGAAUCGAUCCGAAGUUGAGCAACGCGUACGCGUUCCUUCUCCAGAGCAUCUGCCCCCGGAACACCAACGGGACCUUCCCAACGACGACGACGUUCAUGGACAUCAUCACUGCGACGAGACUCGACAACAAGUACUACGUCGGCCUGGCCAACAACCUGGGCCUCUUCCAGUCCGACGCGGCGCUGCUGACCAACGCGACGAUGAAGGCGCUGGUCGACGCCUUCGUGCGCAGCGAGGCGACAUGGAAGGCCAAGUUCGUCAGGUCCAUGCUCAAGAUGGGGCAGAUCGACGUGCUGUCGGAGACGCAGGGCGAGAUCAGGCGCAACUGCCGGGUCAUCAACCCUCUCAACGCCACCGCCGCCGGCGACCGUCAUUUCCUGGCCAAAUCAGGUUCUUCAGGAUCCACUGGAGUGGCUGCAAGCGAAUUGCACAGUGAUGCCUAGUGUGAAUAUAAUGUGUCAUAUUGUUGCAAUAAGUACAGUAAUGAGCAACUUAUCUAGGUAGCUUGCUUGUUACAAAGCAAAGAGGCAGCACAAUCCAGAAAACCUAAGAAAAAGCAGGUGUAUUGCUCUUGUAGUCUGUUGUACGUUACUUGACGUUCAUCUGUGUCUGU